CUUCAGCUUCACGUUGAGUCGCGUUUAUUUUUGUUUUCCUCCUUGGUUCCUGUUUUUCUCCUUUUUAAAAACACUGCAAGCCGCCACAGGAAACAAUUAAUCCAGGAAAUCCUGAGUCCAUCGAAAGUACCUUCACGAUGCACUGACGAACCGCUGAGCAAGGAACGGGCAUCAAGCCAUUAAAAUUCACACAAGGCAGCUAUUUAAUGUUUUUUAUAAGCGGAUGAUGUACUUAAUCUUUCCGCGCAUGCCAAAUAUUACGAUGUUCCUGGAGCUUGCGAUCUUAUGCCUGUGGGUGGUCGCAGACGCCAGUUCGGCCAAGUUCGGCAGCACAACGCCCGCAAGUGCGCAGCAGUCGGAUGUGGAAUUGGAGCCCAUCACUGGGACUCUCAAUUACCGAUUGUACGCCAAGAAGGGCAGGGACGACAAACCCUGGUUUGAUGGCCUGGACAGCAGGCACAUCCAGUGUGUCCGACGUGCCCGCUGCUACCCCACCUCGAACGCAACCAACACCUGUUUUGGCUCCAAGCUGCCCUACGAGCUAAGCAGCCUUGAUCUCACCGAUUUCCACACCGAAAAGGAGCUGAACGAGAAGCUGAACGACUACUACGCCCUGAAGCACGUGCCCAAAUGUUGGGCUGCCAUACAGCCCUUUUUGUGUGCCGUCUUUAAGCCGAAGUGUGAAAAAAUCAACGGCGAGGACAUGGUCUACCUGCCAUCUUACGAGAUGUGCCGAAUUACCAUGGAACCCUGUCGCAUUUUGUACAACACGACGUUUUUCCCGAAAUUUCUUCGCUGCAACGAAACACUCUUUCCGACGAAAUGCACAAACGGAGCACGAGGAAUGAAAUUCAACGGAACUGGCCAGUGCUUGAGUCCUUUGGUUCCGACAGAUACGUCAGCCAGCUAUUAUCCUGGCAUCGAGGGCUGCGGCGUGCGAUGCAAGGAUCCACUCUAUACCGAUGAUGAGCACCGGCAGAUCCACAAGCUGAUCGGAUGGGCUGGCAGCCUAUGUCUUCUGUCCAACCUUUUCGUGGUGUCCACCUUCUUCAUCGACUGGAAGAAUGCCAACAAGUAUCCAGCAGUGAUUGUGUUCUACAUAAAUCUUUGCUUUCUAAUUGCUUGCGUCGGCUGGUUGCUGCAGUUUACUUCGGGCUCGCGAGAGGACAUAGUAUGUCGUAAGGAUGGAACGCUUCGCCACUCAGAGCCCACAGCCGGUGAAAAUCUUUCUUGUAUAGUGAUAUUUGUGCUGGUCUAUUAUUUUCUCACCGCUGGAAUGGUUUGGUUUGUGUUCCUCACCUACGCCUGGCAUUGGAGGGCCAUGGGCCACGUCCAAGAUCGGAUAGAUAAGAAAGGUUCAUACUUUCACCUCGUGGCCUGGUCACUACCCCUUGUGCUUACCAUUACCACGAUGGCUUUCAGUGAGGUGGAUGGAAAUAGCAUUGUGGGCAUCUGCUUCGUAGGUUAUAUUAAUCAUUCAAUGAGGGCAGGACUGCUUCUUGGUCCGCUCUGCGGAGUGAUCCUCAUUGGUGGAUAUUUCAUCACCCGCGGCAUGGUGAUGCUUUUUGGACUAAAACACUUUGCUAAUGACAUUAAAUCAACUUCGGCGAGCAACAAAAUCCAUUUGAUCAUCAUGCGCAUGGGAGUCUGUGCUCUGCUCACUUUAGUUUUCAUACUGGUGGCCAUUGCGUGCCACGUUACGGAGUUUAGGCAUGCAGACGAAUGGUCCCAGAGCUUCAGACAGUUUAUAAUCUGCAAAAUUUCUUCAGUUUUUGAAGAAAAAAGUUCCUGUCGAAUUGAAAACCGGCCUAGUGUUGGCGUUCUUCAACUGCAUUUGCUGUGUCUCUUCAGCUCUGGAAUCGUGAUGUCCACCUGGUGCUGGACACCAUCUUCAAUUGAGACUUGGAAGCGUUAUAUAAGAAAAAAGUGUGGCAAAGAGGUGAUCGAGGAAGUGAAAAUGCCGAAGCACAAGGUCAUUGCCCAGACAUGGGCCAAGCGCAAGGAUUUCGAGGACAAGGGCAGGCUCUCCAUAACGCUCUACAACACUCACACGGAUCCUGUGGGGCUCAAUUUCGAUGUGAACGAUCUGAACUCUUCUGAGACGAAUGACAUCUCAUCAACUUGGGCUGCUUACCUCCCGCAGUGCGUAAAACGUCGCAUGGCCUUGACGGGAGCAGCGACAGGUAAUUCGUCAAGCCAUGGACCGCGAAAAAAUUCCUUGGAUUCUGAGAUAAGUGUAAGUGUUCGACAUGUUUCCGUUGAAUCCCGCAGAAAUUCGGUGGACUCGCAGGUAUCAGUGAAAAUAGCUGAAAUGAAGACCAAAGUGGCGUCCAGAUCAAGGGGAAAACACGGAGGCUCUUCCAGCAACAGGAGAACUCAAAGGAGAAGGGAUUAUAUAGCAGCUGCCACUGGGAAAAGCAGUAGGAGAAGGGAAAGCAGUACUUCGGUGGAGUCGCAGGUCAUUGCGCUCAAGAAAACGACCUAUCCCAAUGCUAGUCACAAAGUGGGCGUGUUUGCUCAUCACAGCUCCAAGAAACAACACAAUUACACCAGCUCCAUGAAGCGAAGGACUGCUAAUGCCGGACUGGAUCCCUCUAUUCUUAAUGAAUUCCUGCAGAAAAAUGGGGAUUUUAUAUUCCCAUUCCUCCAAAAUCAGGACAUGAGCUCUAGUUCGGAGGAGGAUAAUUCGCGAGCAUCCCAAAAGAUUCAGGAUCUUAACGUGGUUGUAAAGCAGCAGGAAAUAAGUGAGGAUGAUCACGAUGGAAUAAAGAUUGAAGAACUGCCAAAUAGCAAACAGGUGGCAUUGGAGAACUUUCUUAAAAACAUAAAAAAAUCGAAUGAAUCCCAUUGUAACCGACAUUCCCGCAAUUCCGCAAGAAGCCAGUCAAGAAAGUCCCAAAAGAGACAUCUCAAGAACCCUGCUGCUGAUCUAGAUUUCAGGAAGGACUGUGUAAAGUAUCGGUCUAACGACUCACUUAGCUGCUCCUCUGAGGAACUGGACGUAGCUUUGGACGUAGGAAGCCUUCUUAACAGCUCUUUUUCUGGAAUAUCCAUGGGCAAACCACAUAGUAGAAACAGCAAAACCAGCUGUGAUGUGGGCAUUCAGGCUAAUCCUUUCGAGCUAGUUCCCAGUUACGGAGAAGACGAACUGCAGCAGGCCAUGCGACUCCUAAACGCAGCCAGCAGACAAAGAACUGAAGCAGCCAUUGAUGAUUUCGGAGGAACAGAGCUGCAAGGCUUGUUGGGUCAUUCCCAUCGGCAUCAAAGGGAGCCCACGUUUAUGAGCGAGUCGGACAAACUUAAAAUGUUAUUGCUUCCUUCAAAAUAACAAGACUAGAUGAGCAAUUGAUGCAUUUACUUCAGGUUCAAAAACUCGUACAAUAUUGUAGUUUCUGCUUUAAGAUUUCAAAUUUCAAAAAAUCUUAUCAAUUUUACGAAAACUGUACUAUUGUUAAUUUUAAUUGUUCAACGAUUUGUAAGAUUUCACAAGAAUUGGAAACCGAAAUGAUAUUUAAAACAAACAAGUACGAAAUCGUAGCACACAAGCCAGAGCAGUUUACAUGCGAUGAACAUUUAGAUUCUUCUUAAUCGAUUACUAGAACAGACUGAGCGAAACUAGAACUACGAAUACUCAUAGUCAUUAAGCUGCAAAUUUUAUUUUACAAAUUCAUCUUCCCAUCUAGCUUGUAAGCAUUCGAAUCUCUGUGUACGUUUGUGAAUGACUGUUUCCUUAAUCCUGGUACUCACGCCAAAGUAAAUGCCAAAGAGGAUAAUAAUUUAUUUUCAUUAAUUUUCUUUGCCGUGGGUACAGGACUUAGAAUUAGAAUGUAGAUUAUACAUUUAAGUACGAUAUAAAUAAGCCUCUUUGGGCACACAAAUCGUACCUCAGAAAGUGCCUUCAAGUUUACAAAAUCAUACAUCAUACUUUGUGUAACUAAUAAACGAUUUUAAAUCCUCGA